UCACAGCACGUGUACUCUUAUCCUCCCAAGGACAUAAAAGAGCUGGGAGACCAACCUUUGCAAUGGUCUGGGCUUCUGGGUGGAGGGUGGGGAAGAGGCUUUGGGACUGUCCAAGACUGGAAGAUCUGCAUAUCUAGGGAUAAAGAAACAAAAGAGCCUGUGACAGUAUCGAAAGAAUCUGACAUUUGCUUUGUCUGUACAAAGGAUGAAAGGAAUUUUGCCGACUUAGCCAAAACAAUAACUGGUUUUGUAUCAGUUUGAGCCCGAAAAGAGGCAGCGUAAUUAUGUGGUUUUUUUUGUUAUUGUUGUUUUUAUAUUUUUGAAGCAUAUUUACCUUAAGAAAUGGAUGUGGAAUGGUUUUAUUUUUGGAAAGGAAAACGUAACACCGAUUUUAUGAGCUUAGUAGCUGUAGGUGGAGACUCUUGUUUUGUUUGCCAGACCUUUUUAAUAAGCUGUGAAGUCAGGAUAGCAAAGAUUGCAAUUGCUUUUCUUGGGACCUUUGUUCUUUUCUUGGUACUUAAGAUAAUUUCAGACAAAGGAGGCUAUGUAUGGAAAAGAAAAGCAAAUAUCAAGUAUUUUCUCUGUUCCUGCUUUGAUUCUAGUGAGAGCUUUCUGGAUUUUAGUAUUAGGCAAUAACUGUGUCCUGGGUUAGCUGUGCUGGGUUACUGGGCACAGCCUGCAUUCUGAAUGGGCUGUUUACCUCUUUAUUCAGCAGUAGGUGCUAGUAGUUGGUGUCUGGGGAGUGGCUUUUUUGUCUGAUAUUUGCUAUGGAUGAUUCCAGUAUUCUGAGAAGGAGAGGUUUACAGAAGGAAUUGAGCCUUCCAAGGAGAGGCAGCUUAAUCUCUACUCUUUGCCGAGGAGCCGACCUAAAUCAGCAUAUGUUCUCGCCCUCAUCGGCUCCAGCCCUCUCCCUGGCUAAAGUCCCAUUUAGUGCUGAUUGUGUGCUGUCUACUUCUCCUCUUGUCUUUUUCUUGAACCCUCAAGCCCACAGCAGUCCCUGCAGUCCUUGUUCCAGCCGCACACUACAGUGGAGUUGUCGGACAAGUAACCGCAAGAGCUUGAUUGUGACCUCUAGCACAUCACCUACACUACCAAGGCCACACUCCCCACUCCAUGGCCAUACAGGUAACAGUCCCUUGGACAGCCCCCGGAACUUCUCUCCAAAUGCUCCUGCUCACUUUUCCUUUGUUCCUGCUCGUAGCCAUGGCCACAGAGCAGACAGAACUGAUGGACGGCGCUGGUCUUUGGCCUCAUUGCCUUCUUCAGGCUAUGGAACCAACACUCCUAGCUCCACAGUCUCUUCAUCAUGUUCCUCACAAGAAAAGCUUCAUCAGUUACCUUUCCAGCCGACAGCUGAUGAGCUACACUUUCUGACAAAGCAUUUUAGCACAGAGAAUGUACCAGACGAGGAGGGACGUCAGUCCCCAGCCAUGCGGCCCCGUUCCCGCAGCCUCAGUCCUGGACGGUCCCCAGUUUCCUUUGACAGUGAAAUAAUAAUGAUGAAUCAUGUGUACAAAGAAAGAUUCCCCAAGGCCACUGCACAAAUGGAAGAGCGACUAGCUGAAUUCAUUUCCUGUAAUACUCCAGAUAGUGUGUUGCCCUUGGCAGAUGGAGCACUAAGCUUUAUUCAUCAUCAGGUGAUUGAGAUGGCCCGAGACUGCCUGGAUAAAUCUCGGAGUGGCCUCAUUACAUCACACUAUUUCUAUGAGCUUCAAGAGAAUUUGGAAAAGCUUCUGCAAGAUGCUCACGAACGCUCAGAAAGCUCAGAUGUAGCCUUCGUGAUACAACUAGUAAAAAAGUUGAUGAUCAUCAUUGCCCGCCCAGCUCGCCUCCUGGAGUGCCUGGAGUUUGACCCUGAAGAAUUUUAUCACCUGUUAGAAGCAGCUGAGGGUCAUGCCAAAGAGGGACAUGGAAUUAAAUGUGACAUUCCCCGCUACAUCGUUAGCCAGCUGGGCCUCACACGGGAUCCUCUAGAGGAAAUGGCCCAGUUGAGCAGCUAUGACAGUCCUGAUACUCCGGAGACAGAUGAUUCAGUUGAGGGUCGUGGGGCAUCUCAGCCAUCUCAAAAGACCCCCUCUGAAGAAGACUUUGAAACCAUUAAGCUCAUCAGCAAUGGCGCCUAUGGGGCCGUCUUUCUGGUGCGGCACAAGUCCACUCGGCAGCGCUUUGCUAUGAAGAAGAUUAAUAAACAAAACCUAAUUCUACGGAACCAGAUCCAGCAAGCAUUUGUGGAACGCGACAUACUGACUUUUGCUGAAAACCCCUUUGUGGUCAGCAUGUUCUGCUCCUUUGAGACCAAGCGUCACUUAUGCAUGGUGAUGGAAUACGUUGAAGGGGGAGACUGUGCCACUCUGCUCAAGAACAUCGGGGCCCUACCUGUGGACAUGGUACGUCUGUACUUUGCAGAAACUGUGCUGGCUUUGGAAUACUUACACAACUACGGCAUCGUGCACCGUGACCUCAAGCCUGACAACCUUCUGAUUACAUCCAUGGGGCACAUCAAACUCACUGACUUUGGACUUUCAAAAAUUGGCCUCAUGAGUUUGACAACCAACUUGUAUGAGGGCCAUAUUGAAAAGGAUGCCCGGGAGUUCCUAGACAAGCAGGUAUGCGGGACUCCGGAAUACAUAGCACCUGAGGUGAUCCUGCGUCAGGGAUAUGGGAAACCAGUGGACUGGUGGGCCAUGGGCAUAAUCCUGUAUGAGUUCCUGGUGGGUUGCGUCCCUUUCUUUGGAGACACUCCGGAGGAGCUCUUUGGGCAAGUGAUCAGUGAUGAGAUUGUGUGGCCUGAGGGUGAUGAUGCGCUUCCCCCAGAUGCCCAAGACCUCACUUCCAAACUGCUUCAUCAGAACCCAUUAGAAAGACUGGGCACAAGUAGUGCCUAUGAAGUGAAGCAGCACCCGUUCUUCAUGGGUCUGGACUGGACAGGACUUCUUCGCCAAAAGGCUGAAUUUAUACCUCAGCUGGAGUCAGAGGAUGACACCAGCUACUUUGAUACCCGUUCAGAACGAUACCACCAUGUGGACUCUGAGGAUGAGGAGGAAGUGAGUGAGGAUGGCUGCCUUGAGAUCCGCCAGUUUUCUUCCUGCUCUCCAAGGUUCAGCAAGGUUUACAGUAGCAUGGAGCGGCUUUCCCUGCUUGAGGAACGCCGGACACCACCCCCAACCAAGCGCAGCCUGAGUGAGGAAAAGGAAGAUCACUCAGAUGGCUUGGCCGGACUAAAGGGCCGAGACCGCAGCUGGGUGAUUGGGUCCCCUGAGAUAUUACGGAAGCGGUUGUCUGUGUCUGAGUCAUCCCACACAGAGAGUGAUUCGAGUCCUCCAAUGACAGUGCGACACCGGUGUUCAGGCCUCCCAGAUGGGCCUCAUUGCCCUGAGGAGACCAAUAGCACCCCUCUGAAGCAACAACAGGAAGGUAUAUGGGUCCUCACACCCCCAUCCGGAGAGGGGUCAUCUAGGCCCAUUCCUGAACGACCACUGGAGAGGCAGCUGAAGCUGGAUGAGGAGCCUCCUGGCCAAAGCAGUCGGUCUUGCCCAGCCAUGGAAACACGGGGUCGUGGGACCCCACAGCUAGCUGAGGAAGCCGCAGCCAAAGCCAUCAGUGAUCUAGCUGUACGUAGGGCCCGUCACCGGCUGCUCUCUGGGGACUCUAUAGAGAAGCGCACCACUCGCCCAGUCAACAAAGUAAUCAAGUCAGCCUCAGCUACGGCCCUUUCCCUCCUCAUUCCUUCAGAACACCAUGCCUGCUCACCAUUGGCCAGCCCUAUGUCCCCACAUUCCCAGUCAUCCAAUCCAUCAUCCAGGGACUCUUCUCCAAGCAGGGACUUCUUGCCAGCCCUUGGCAGCUUGAGGCCUCCCAUCAUCAUCCACCGAGCUGGCAAGAAGUAUGGCUUCACCCUGAGGGCCAUUCGUGUCUACAUGGGUGACUCCGAUGUCUACACUGUACACCACAUGGUGUGGCAUGUGGAGGAUGGUGGUCCAGCCAGCGAGGCAGGGCUUCGUCAGGGUGACCUCAUCACCCAUGUCAAUGGUGAGCCUGUGCAUGGACUAGUCCAUACAGAAGUGGUGGAGCUGGUUCUGAAGAGUGGAAACAAGGUAUCAAUUUCAACAACUCCCUUGGAGAACACUUCAAUCAAAGUGGGGCCAGCUAGGAAAGGCAGCUAUAAAGCCAAGAUGGCCCGGAGGAGCAAACGGAGCCGGGGCAAAGAUGGGCAAGAAAGCCGAAAAAGAAGCUCCCUAUUCCGGAAAAUCACAAAGCAGGCCUCCUUGUUACACACCAGCCGCAGCCUUUCUUCUCUUAACCGCUCCUUGUCAUCAGGGGAGAGUGGUCCAGGCUCUCCCACACACAACUACAGCCUCUCUCCCCGAUCUCCUCCUCAGGGCUACCGGGUAGCCCCAGAUGCUGUGCACUCAGUAGGAGGGAAUUCCUCUCAGAGCAGCUCUCCCAGCUCCAGUGUGCCCAGUUCUCCUGCUGGCUCUGGACAUACACGGCCCAGCUCCCUUCAUGGUCUGGCACCCAAGCUCCAACGCCAGUACCGCUCACCACGGCGCAAGUCAGCAGGCAGCAUCCCAUUGUCACCACUGGCCCACACCCCUUCUCCACCAGCAGCAGCGGCUUCGCCUCAGCGUUCCCCAUCACCCUUGUCUGGCCAUGGGUCUCAGUCCUUUCCUACCAAACUUCACUUGUCUCCUCCACUAGGUAGACAACUCUCACGGCCCAAGAGUGCAGAGCCACCCCGCUCUCCACUACUUAAGAGGGUGCAGUCUGCUGAGAAGCUAGCGGCUGCACUGGCCGCUGCUGAGAAGAAGUUAGCACCCUCCCGCAAGCAUAGUCUUGACCUGCCCCACGGUGAGCUAAAGAAGGAACUGACACCCAGGGAAGCCAGCCCUCUGGAGGUCGUUGGAACCAGAAGUGUGCUGUCCGGAAAAGGGCCACUUCCAGGAAAGGGGGUACUGCAGCCUGCUCCCUCACGGGCCCUUGGCACCCUACGGCAGGAUCGAGCCGAACGCCGGGAGUCACUGCAAAAACAAGAAGCUAUCCGGGAAGUAGACUCCUCAGAAGAUGACACUGAUGAGGAGCCUGAGAACAGCCAGGCCACACAGGAGCCAAGAUUGUCCCCCUACCCAGAAGUAAGCCAGAAUCUACCCCCUAAAGGUUCAGGAGAGGGUAGGGAAGAGUACUCUCUACUGAACAGGGAUCUAAAGAACCAGGGCCCUGUACUCUCAGGUCUGUUGACAGGGGUCACACUAGGUUCCCCUCAAAUAGAAGUUCCUGGGCUCUCCCAGAGGAAGCUCUGGAGGCCACAAGCCUUUGAGGAAGCUACCAGCACCUUACAAGCCCCUAGCCUGAGUAGGUCUGGACCCACAAGCCCCAUCCCCUCUGAAGGCUGCUGGAAGGCCCAGCACCUCCACACACAGGCACUAGCUGCACUUUGUCCCAGCUCUUCAGAACGUACCCCUACUAGUUGUUCUGCUGCCACCUCCACCUCUGUAAAGCCAGGCACAUGGUCCUGGAAAUUCCUUAUUGAAGGGCCAGACAGAGCAUCAACAAACAAGAAGAUAACAAGGACAGGUGAACCAGCUAACUCCCAAGAUUUAGAAACCACAGUUCCAACUCUUCCUAAGAACCUGUCUCCUGAGGAGGAGAAGCCACAGCUACCAAGUGUCCCUGGGCUGACCCAUCCACUUCUUGAGGUCCCCAGCCAGAACUGGCCAUGGGAAUCUGAAUGUGAACAAAUGGAGAAAGAGGAACCAUCCCUGAGCAUCACCGAAGUGCCUGAUGCCUCGGGGGACAGGAGGCAGGACAUUCCAUGCAGAGCCCACCCCCUGAGCCCCGAAACCCGGUCCAACCUGCUCUGGAAAAGCCAAGAACUUGGGGGCGAGCAAGAGCAUCAGGAUUUAGCACUGACAUCAGAUGAGCUUUUAAAGCAAACAUAGCAGUUGUUUGCUUUCCUUGCACUCAACUGUGUAAUACACCUUCCUGGAAACCA